CUUCAACUUCGAGGCGUCUGGAUCUCAGAAGUUUAACUCACUUGCCAAGGCGCAGGGGGAUCCCCUCGGAUGCCCCUGGCUGACGGUUGCGUCCUUAGUGUGUGCAAUGUCUUCGUACCUGCAUUGGCCUUGCACUGCUAUUGCAUUGGACACACUUCCAUCUCCACACUGCUCACGUGCUGUCGCCCUCCAGAGCAUAGGAUAGGGACAUGAAGCGGAGGUGCAGGAUCUAAGACAGAAGAUUAAAACAACAAUUUAUUAGCCACCAGAGCUAGAAUGGGCCCUAGACUGGUCGCUCAGAUACAAGGGUCUUGAAAGCCCCUGGAAUACGAAACUGCGCCACCACCUCCAUUGGCACCCCAGAGAUGCAGGUUCCUGCUUCGCAGAUUGUGGACGCGCUCUUCACAGCGAUUGCAAAGGAGCAGGAUGCACCCGUCGUUGACCAAGCGCCAGACGACAAGCAAACCUCUCUAACGGACGAGCAGCUGCUUUCCCUGUCCUUUUUCUUUGGGAAGAAUCUAGAGCGGGCCUUGCAAAUCGCCACAACUGGCGGGGUGCGGAGCAUUGUGGGAGAACGCAGUGGGCGCUCUAUGUUUCAGGUGGCCGGGCACGGAGGCGAGAAGUACACCUGCUUUCCCAGCCACUUCUGCUCUUGUCAUUCGUUCUUCUAUGACGUCGUCUCCAAAGGGGAGCAGCUGCAUUGCAAGCAUCAGCUGGCGGCCCGGAUUGCUGACCUCCUCCACUGUGCCUCAAUAGAGAAGAUUUCCGAUGCUGAAUUAGCAAGGAUGAUGAUACAAGUUGAGCAUGAGAUGUGAUUACAAAUCUUCGAAGAAGAUAGGCCUGGUCAGCGCGUCUCUCUGCAAGCACCAUUGAGGAUCAGAGUAAGCAGAAUUUUAAUGUAAAGGUUGCUGUGGGUAGGCUUCUACCUUUGCCCCUCCAAAUCUGCUACCUGUCGGCAGGGCACCAAUGAGCAUUACGUGGCCCACUUGUGAUGGGCCUGAUUAGCUUGCACUUUCAAGUGUCCAUUUGGCCACACUGAUCCUGAAGAGUCGACUCUUUGUAAGCGAGAUGAUGAUCGACUUUCUCGGAAGGAAGGUAACAGGUACUGCAGCGGCAGGGAUGCCUCAGGGAGGUAUGAUCUUUUCGAUAUAUUCCGCAUGC